CUUCUCUCUCUCAUGACCCACCCCGCGUUACAACGCUCUGCGCUCGCCAACCUUCCACUGCUUUGGAAGCACAUUUGUUAUGGCCUGGUCGAUGGUACACGCGGCGACCCUGCGAGCGACAUUGCUCGCGUGUCGGCUGCCAUCAGCAGCGGCGGGCCCCUUGGACGCCCAGCAUGGCGCGUGUACCUCCUCCCCGCUUUCUACGCAGUGCUCGACCCAGCAGACAUCGACACACUUUCCGUCUCGCGGCUCGAGAAAAACGAACGCGAGGCGAUUCUGCGCAUCACGGGACGCGUCGGGCUCGCGCUGAGCACGCUCGGGCUACUCUCUGACGCCAUCCCCCCGGGCGCACUGCCGCCGCUCCUCGCCCGGGUGUGGGCGUGGAUUUCGUUCCUCAGCGCGCACGCCGCGCAGCUCCCAAUGGCCGAGCGGGUACGCGCGACAGGCACCGCGGGGCACGUGACGCUUUUGGUAGCGCUCUAUCAGGCUGCGGACGACCGCGGGCGAGCGGCGAUGCUGCGCCUGCCGGGGCUGUAUGAGGUCGUCGGGCGGGCGUGGCGAGAGGUAGUGGCCCGUAACGAUGGGGAGGCCCUGGAAGCAACAAGUUUGCUUAUCGACGACCUCUUCAAGGCCGGUCCGGAUGGAUGCAUCCCCGACACAAACGGCGAUUGGGCCUCUUUCAUCUCUGCGGCAGGCGGAAGCGAGCAGGGGCUCGCACAACUCACUGCCCGGCACCUGCGGAUGGUAUUCCCGCCCGGCACGGAGGGUGUGCGACGCGCACCGGGCGAAUCGGCCUCCGAUGCGUUAAUGAACGCAAUUCGUAAGACUGUCUGCGCCCGCGAUGUACUUGGCCGCGUCUUCGGCUUCCUCCGGCCCGCCAACAUCCCGAAGGACGAUACCCACCGGGCCGCACGCCCGUUCUCUGCUGAGUUCGCCGCGCACGGCGGGGUGACGGCGCUCACCCGCGCGUGUCUUGCGUUGGCGCUGGCCCCACAGACCCCGGAGGGCGACAGUGUGCUCAACGGCCUGUUCAGUGUCCUUAACCGGUGUCUCUUCACCGUACCACACCUGAAAUACGUCGUCAAGGCCAUCAACGCUGGCUUACUCCGUGUUGUCGUGCUCGCUGGACGUCUGGGAAAGCGCGACGAGGUUCUCCUAGACCAGGCCCGCAGCUAUUUACGCGACUACCUCCCGCCAUACUGCGUAUUCUACUCGGUCUUAUGCGCCCUUGUCGACGCGCUGCGUACACUGGGUCCACUUAACGCCGUUCAGGCCUCCCUCCCGCGCGAGCUCCAUCAGCACUGGAACGGUUUCAUGGGCAUGCUCCAGCCCCGCAUUCGACUCGCAUUGGACUUCAAGUUUGGGAAAGACGCACCUCUGCUUUGUCGCAAAAUAGCAGCUAAGAGCGAAUUCAAGGCGUGCGCCGCAUGCCGAAGCGUCUACUGCUCGUACGCCUGUCAAAAGGAGGAUUACCGCGAAUACGGCCACCGGGAGCUGUGUGCCGAGGUAGCCGUCAACAAAGAGGAGGGUCGCCGCCGCUACUCCACCAAAAACCUCUCCUUCCUGCGACUGCUGCUCAACAAGGAAUACGCCCAGGCCCAAGAGCGUCUGUCGUUGCGGACCGUCGCGUGUCUCCACGAUGAUGCGAUGAUCCCGUCCCUCGUCUUCGACUUCACGACGGACGACUGGGGCGCCGACACGUACGGCGCAUGUCAUAUCACGCUGCAGCCCACGGACGUUUGGGCCGGCGCGUGGCAGGCCGGCCCACCGGCGGCAAGGGACAACCGCGGGGAGUUUAUGGCUGGGCGGACGCAGUUGCACGUGGCGCGGGUCGGCGCAGGCACGACGUUUGCGCAGCUCAGCAUGCCGUGCAUCGGCCCGGGCGAGGGGUUCCUUCGCGCGCUCUGGCGCCUCGUCGAGUCGGGCCGUGUUCCCCGUAUCCCGUCCAGCCCGGCACAUAUCGCGCUUGUGCAGAAGGCUAUUGAGGAGCAGGGUGCCCUGGUUCAUUUCUAA